UUUUUAAUAAAAUAAAUUUAUUGAAAAUAAUAUUACAAUAUGGACAUAAAAUUAUUUGCAAUAGUAAUUGUUGUUAUAUUUAUGGCACCACAAUUGAUAUUCAGCUCUAAAGUUUUAUUGUAUAUGAAUGCUUAUCAUCAAAACAAAUCUACUGAACAUAACUUUACUGAUGGCGACGAUAUAUAUGUGUAUUGUGAGUAUGAGGCACAAGGUAUUGACGAUCCCAUUGUGUUUAUGACCCUGGCUAAAACAGUUAGCAAUGUGGACAGUCAAUUUUUCUAUUAUUUAGAUGAUCAAACCUAUAGAGUAAACCAUAAUGUGCCCGGUUUUGCCGAUAUUGAAAUGAUAGAUCAUUGGAAAGAUACAUUCAAGAUUCGUAUAGUCAAUGCUACCCAACAUUUUAAGGGUGAAUACAAAUGUGUGGCACAUCAUGAGGUCGGUUGGGUUUAUGAGAAGCCAAUUAUAUUGAAUUGGUAUAAAUCAUAA